AUGGUCCAUUGCGCCGGCUGUGAGAGGCCUAUCCUGGACCGCUUUCUGCUCAACGUGCUGGACAGAGCCUGGCACGUCAAGUGCGUGCAGUGCUGCGAGUGUAAAUGCAAUUUGACGGAGAAAUGUUUUUCUCGAGAAGGAAGACUGUACUGCAAAAAUGAUUUCUUUAGGCGGUUCGGCACCAAGUGUGGCGGUUGUUCGCAAGGCAUCUCUCCUAAUGACCUGGUCCGGAGGGCCCGGAGCAAAGUGUUUCACCUUAACUGCUUCACCUGCAUGAUGUGCAACAAGCAGCUCUCCACCGGCGAGGAGCUCUACAUCAUAGACGAGAACAAAUUCGUUUGCAAAGACGAUUACCUAAGCAACACCAGUGUAAAAGACACCAACCUCCUCUCAGUAACGGCAUGCAGCGACCCGAGUUUAUCACCGGACUCUCAAGACCAGCUACAGGAUGACGUGGUCCUAAAGGACACAGAGAUAGCCACCCUGUCCGACAAGGAGACUGUUAACAAUGAGAACGACGACCAGAACCUGGGAGGGAAGCGGCGUGGUCCACGGACUACCAUCAAGGCCAAGCAGCUAGAGACACUGAAAGCGGCGUUCGCCGCCACCCCUAAACCCACCAGACACAUCAGGGAGCAGCUGGCCCAGGAGACCGGCCUCAACAUGAGGGUCAUCCAGGUCUGGUUCCAGAACCGACGUUCGAAAGAGAGGCGCAUGAAGCAGCUAAGUGCACUGGGCGCCCGCAGGCACGCGUUUUUCCGGAGCCCGAGGCGAAUGAGGGCGCUGGGUGACCGGUUGGAGCCAGGCGAGCUCAUCCCCAACGGACCCUUCUCCUACUAUGGAGAUUAUCAAAGUGAGUACUAUGGUCCAGCAGCGAACUAUGACUUUUUCCCUCAGGGGCCACCAUCAUCGCAGGCCCAGACUCCGGUUGAUCUCCCCUUUGUGCCAUCCUCAGGCCCCACAGGCAACCCCCUUGGAGGUAUGGACCAUCCUCUCCCAGGGCACCACCCCUCCAGUGAGGUGCAACGCUUCUCCGAUAUCAUGUCCCACCACCCAGGGGACUCUCCCAGCCCAGAGCCUGGCAUCCCAGGGCCCCUGCACAGCAUCUCCUCAGAGGUGUUUGGCCCUAGUCCUCCCUUUACCUCACUGUCACUGAACGGGAGCGGAUACAAUAACCAUCUUUCUCACCCACCCUCAGAAAUGAAUGAGGGCACUGUGUGGUAGCUUUUUGAGGGAACGAACUUUACUGGCCAGAGAUUCAAUAAUGAAGGGUCGUAAGAUUUGGAAGUGUUGGGGGAUGCAUCCAGAACCAUGCAUAGUGACUGGAUUAGGGCAGUACCAUAAACUUUUUUUUCCUUCUUUCUUCUUUUGGUGAUUUGAUAUUUAUUUAUUUAUUUUCCCGUUUGCUGUUCUUUUGAAAGGAAAGCAUAUUCAGCAUAAAAAUUAUGCUCAAAAACACUGUCUGCAGUAUUGUGUUUGGGUGUUUUAAUUGCUUCUUUCAAUUCACACCACCACCCAGCCUGCACCCAAAAACUGGACUGGGACACCCUGUCAUCCCUUCUGAUCCCUGUCAGUGGCCUGGCAUAGCGACCAAUCCCCCUAACACAAAAAACAAAGAAAAAACCUUUUCAAAAAUCUUUUGUAGUAUGUGCUAAACAUGAAAACAUCCUUAGCUACUGUCAAAGACUUCAAUAGCUUUACAGAGAGAGAGUAAAGGGGCCAAGGCUUGGUUGUGUGCUGACCCGGCACAGUGGGAAGGCUGAGUGGCAUUCAGACUAUGUGUGAGGAACUAGAUGUGUCCCUUGUAUUUAUUCAGAAGCUCCUCAAACCUCUUGCCUGUCAAGCUCUGCCAUAUUGACACUUAACCUUUUUCACAAUACGUUUUCUGGAGGCCCGAGGGACAGUUUCCUCCUCCACCUGGACUCUUUCUUUGUUUUGGUUUCAGAAUUUCAACCAAAUCUGAAGAAGGCUGCCUUCAAAAGGCAAACCAGUAAAAACUCUCUAUGGAUUGCAAGCCCUUUAUUCAAAAUGGAAGUGAACUUGAAGUGGUGAGAUGAAGUCUACCUUCUAAAAAUCUUCUACCGGGGUUCUAAAUAGGACUUAGAAGAGUCAACUGUUUACGUAAUCUAUUCAAUUCAGGAGUCCAGAAGUCUCGAAAACCACAUUUUAGAACCUCUCAAUCCAUACAAAAAUGUUCCAAGCAACCAACCAAACUUUUGUAUUGAUUUCAUUUAUAUUGUAUGGAGAUAAAAACACAUUUGCUGGGGUUGUGGUUCACUGUGCUAGUUUGUACAAGAUGUUGUUUACAAAAAAAGGUCAAAAAAUAAUAAAAACACAAGUAGACAUUUGACAAAUAAAAAAAUAGCACAAAUAUUGUUAAAGUGCUUUGCACAUCAUCACAGAAUGUGUUGAGACAAAUGUAAGUGUUAAAGGAGUAAUUGAAUUCUAAUUUUUUAGUCUGCUGACAAUACAUUAAAAAACUGUUAAUAUAACAUACUUAGGUUUUAUUUUUUGUGUCUUAAAGAAAAAUCCAAACUAUUAAAGACUGAUGUCAAAUAUGCAGCUAGCAGCUGCUACAUUUCUUUGAAUAUCAAGCCUUCAUGGUAUGUCUUUUAUUGUUCCAAUAAACCUA